AUGGGGGCCGAGGCGACGACCACCCUCGCGACCGGGCUCGUGGGCGACCCCGCCCUCGACUUUCACGACGAUUACCGCGGCGGCGCCUGCCUGGACCGCCGACCCGCUCGGACUACCACCCUCGAGCUUGACGGGAUCGUGCAGCCGGUUUCGGACUCAGUGGUCGACCGCCGCCGCUGGGCCUUUAUCGUGCGAGGGGCCUGGAGGCACGCUGCACCCAUCCACGUGAAGGAGGCGCGCACCCAGCUGCUGGGCCUGAUCCGAGCCUCAAGGAGCACCAGGAUGCAUGGCCAUCGCAUCGGCAGCCUUGGCGACAACAUGUCGGCCCUCCUCAGCUUCGAGAAGGGCCGCGCCCGCGACUCCGCCCUGCGGCAGCUGUGCAGGGUCGCCUCUGCGCGGCAGAUCGCCACGGACAUCCAGCGGCGGCAGCGGCACGUCGAGACGGACCGCAACCCGACGGACCACGACUCGCGAGCGGCCGACCAGGGCGAGGUGCUGCCGGGCCGGCCGCAGUGGGGGCCCCCCGGCGCUCUGGCCGCCAUCGAGGCCUUCUGUGAGAUCUUCGCGGGCUGCGCCCGGCUCACCGCCGCCCUCGGGGACUCGGGGCUCCUGGCCACGACCCCCCUGGACCUGGCGAACGGCCCGCGCUUCGACAUCCUGGACUACCGGGUGUUCCGCGCCCUGGCCUCCUGGAUCUGUGCUUGGAAGCUCUGGCGGGUGCACUUCGGGACUCCGUGCAUUGCGUGGGGCCAGGCCACGGGGGCCGCUCGUCAUCGCCAUCGUCGUCAGGGCCUCCAGCUGGCCCGUCGUACCCUGGACCUCAUGAGGCUCUGCAGAGACUUCAACGUGCACUGGUCCCUCGAGAACCCCGCGUCGUUGCAGCUGUUCCCUUGUGCCCCCUUGGCUUCGUUCAUCUCCUCUACCGACUCUGUCAAUAUUCUCGUUCACUACUGCCAGUAUGGCUGCACUUAUCAGAAGCCCACGCUCAUCGUUUCCGACCAUCGUGAUCUAGCUGCUAUCGGACGGGUUUGUCCCGGGGGCCACCGACGCGAAAUUUUCGAAGGCAAGGUCUCGGUCGCCGUCAAUGGUUCAAUCCAAAGCCGGUGGAAGACCUCUCUGGCCGGGGCGUACCUACCGGCCCUGUG